ACGAAUAGAAGAGGUGAAAGAGCGAAUGAGGAGAGCAGCAGUACACGGAUCAGUCACUCUCCACUGGUGCUCCAACCUUGGAAACACCAUCCAUUUAUUAUAUCGCCCGUGAUUCUGCUAUGCGCAUCGGAUGAGGAGACGCCAAUUGCGCUUUGGUUUUGGAUUGGUGUUUAAUCUUGUUCUGUGUAUCGCUGGACAGGAUGGAGCAUUGGAGACAGUGUGCAUUAUGGCUGAUCAAUUGUAAGGUGCUGCCACCGAACCAUCGGGUGACAUGGGAGUCCGCUCAGGUGUUCGACCUGGCGCAGACCCUGCGGGAUGGGGUCCUCCUGUGCCAGCUCCUAAACAACCUAAGACCCCAGUCCCUCAAUCUGAGGGAGAUCAACCUGAGACCACAGAUGUCACAGUUCCUCUGCUUGAAGAACAUCAGGACAUUUUUGCACGCCUGCUCAGAGAUAUUCGGGAUGAAGAAGAGCGAGCUGUUUGAGGCUUUCGAUUUGUUUGACGUUCGAGAUUUCGGAAAGGUUAUGGACACACUGUCCAAACUCUCUCAUACACACAUUGCACAGCAGACUGGAAUAAGGCCAUUUCCCACAGAAGAGAGUGUUGAGGACGAAGACAUCUAUAACCACCUAGAGGAUCUGAUAGAUGAAAAUGGUGUUGAAGAUGAGGAAGAUCUCUAUGACUGUGUGUAUAAUGAUGAUGAUGAGGCUGGAGAGGUGUAUGAAGACCUGAUGAAGGUCGAGGUGGUACAACCACAGAAACAGGCCGAGACGGACAUCAGGAGCUGCUGUCUAAUGGAAAUCCGACAGACUGAGGAGAAAUACACAGAGACGCUGGACUCCAUAGAGAAAUUCUUUAUGAAGCCUCUGGGACAGUCGCUGUCUGGUGUGGAUAUUGAAAAAGUGUUCAUCAAUAUACCAGAUCUUGUGAAAGUGCACACAAGUCUUCUGAGGGAGAUUCAGGAUUCAGUGCUUAUGCAUAACGCCAGUAACCUGCACCAGAUCUUUAUAAAGUACAAAGAAAGAUUAGUCCUGUAUGGGAAAUACUGCAGUCACGUAGAAACAGCCAUUGCGUGUUUGGAUGACAUCUGUAAGAACAGAGAGGACGUCCGGCAGAUGUUAGAGUUAUGUUCCAAACGAGCCAACAAUGGGAAGUUUACUCUGAGAGAUCUGCUAGUUGUUCCGAUGCAGAGAGUUCUGAAAUAUCAUCUGCUUUUACAGGAACUGGUGAAACACACCCAUGAUGCCUCCGACAAGAGUAAUUUACGGCAAGCGCUGGACGCCAUGAAGGAUCUGGCCCAGUAUGUUAACGAGGUGAAGAGAGACAUCGAGACUCUACGAGACAUCGACCAGUACCAGAAAUCUAUUGAAAACCUUAAUCAGUCUCUCCGUAUUUAUGGGAGACCGAAAGGUGACAGCGAAGUGCGAGUAGCUUCAGUCGACAAACGAGCCAAACAAGACAGGCACAUCUUUCUGUUCGACGCCGCCGUGAUCGUAUGCAAACGACGAGGAGAUAACUAUGAGAUGAAGGAGGUGAUUGACCUCCACUCCUUCAAGAUCACCAACAACCCGACCUCAGAAAGAGAAAACCGAAAGUGGUGCCACGGAUUCUACCUCACACACAACCAGGGUCAGAGCGGCUUUGAGUUCUUCUUCAAAACCAAGGAGUUAAAGAAGAAAUGGCUGGAGCAGUUUGGCAUGGCAUUAUCGAACAUCUGUCCAGAGAGCGGGAAAAGUAAUUUCCAUGAGUUCCGCAUGCACACCUUUGAGACGACCACAUCCUGCAGCUCGUGUGAAAUGCUGCUGAGAGGAGUCUUCUAUCAAGGCUACCGCUGCUCCAAAUGUGGUGCUGGCGCUCAUAAGGAGUGUCUCGGCAGGGUGGAUGUCUGUGUCAAAAGCAGUGCCGAUUCCAGCUCUUUCGGAUCACAGAUCGGAAAAAAACCUUGUCGUGGAGAAGAUGCAGAUCUACCUAAGAUGCAGGUCAUCCGUAAUUAUUAUUGUGUUCCGAGCCCCCCGUACGGCCCACCGCUUAAAAUCAACGUUGGUGACGUUGUUGAAGUGAUGGAGGCGAACAUCCGCAGCUCUUGGUGGAAGGGUAAAGUCCUGGCAACUAAGGAUGUUGGCUUCUUUCCAAGCGACGCAGUGAAGCCUUGCCCAUGUGUACCCAAACCUAUUGACUACUCUUCCCAGCCUUGGUUUGCAGGCUCAAUUGAGAGGGUGCAGGCUGAGGCUGCGCUGCUCAACCGGAGGAGCAGCACGUACCUGGUCCGUCACAGAAGCCGAGAGUUUCACGAGUACGCCAUCAGCAUCAAGUAUAACAACGACGUGAAACACAUCAAGAUCUUAACAAAGGAGGGACUCUUCUACAUUGCAGAAAACAGGAAGUUCAGAAGCAUUUUGGAGCUGAUCGAGUAUUACAAACAUCACUCUCUGCGGGAAGGAUUCAGGACACUUGAUACCCAACUGCAGUUCGCCUACCGAGAGCCGGAGAACGGAGCCAACA